AUGGCAGUGGCCCAGUGCUGCUCGUGCUGGGUGGCAGCCAAGGACCAACCCCGGGGUUCGGCCAAGCCCGACAUCGAGGGACAUGCGGUCCGGCGCGCGGAUCUCUUUGGCCUUGGGCGCCGGGCUGUCCAUGGUCGGUGGUCGCACAAGGGCUUUCACGCCGGCUCUGCGCAGCCGUGGUGCAGCCGCAACACAGAUGCAGAACAUGCUGAAGAAGUCGGCGUCCAUCAUCAGCCCUUGGCCGGCAGCACAUGUCCAUUGCCGGCGGCUUUCGCUCGCAACGCGCACGUCAUGACGAUCCUGGGCUCCGAGGUCCUCUUCAAGUUUGGGCCCGAUGCUCUGCCAAAGGGGCUGGACACACAUCGUGUGCGUUACGAGACUCCGGAUGACGACUUUUUCGACACCGGGCAGGAUGGACUCCCUUCUGUGGAAGAGGAUGUUGACUUCACUGCCGCUGCAGGAAAUGCGCCAGAUGCCACAAGGUCCGAUCGACCAGUGGUCAUCUUGCUGCAUGGCUUGGAGAGCAACUCCCGCACGCCCUUCUGCUGCCGCCUGACGCGGGCUUUCAACAGCGAGGGCUUCGACGUAGCCGUGCUCUGCUUCCGAUCCUGCUCUGGAGAGAUGAAUCGCACAGCCGGCUUCUACAACGUAGGCUUCACCGCCGACCUGGUCCAGCUGUGCAGGCUGCUGCGCGCCGCCUCCCCGUCGCGGCAGAUCUUCUUGUCGGGCUUUUCUCUGGGAGGCAACGCUAUCUGCAAGCUGAUCGGCGAGCUGGGGGAGGACGUGGCCUCGCUGGGGAUUCAGGGUGCUGCCGUUUGCAAUGUGCCCUUCCUGCCCGAGGUCACCUCGGCUGCCAUGGAUGAGGGUAUGGGGCGCUUCUAUGCUUGGAACUUCCUGAAGUCGCUGAAGCCGAAAGCUCAAGCGAAAGCCGAGAUGCUGCAAGCACGAGGGGAGCGGGUGCCCUAUGACUUGGACAAAGUGCUGCAGGCGGAGACCAUCGGCGACUUCGACGACGCCUGCGUCGCACCCCUGUACGGCUUCAAAGACAAGCUGGACUACUACCGAACCCAGGGAUCAAUGCGCUUUCUGAAGGACGUGCAGAUCCCACUUCUGGCCAUGAACGCCCAGGAUGAUCCCCUGGUCGACCCGAGGAGUUUGCCAACUGCCGAGCAGGUGUCCGAGGCGGUCCUGCUGUACUACCCGGAAUUCGGUGGCCACUGUGGAUUUAUUUCAGACGACUCUGUUGGCGAUCCGCGAAACUAUUGCCCCAAGCUGUUUGCAGCCUUCCUCAGGCAUGUGUGCGACAACGGGGAAAAGCAGUCCAACUUGAACACUGUGAAUGUUCGUCUCCUGCUUUCCUGGCUCGCAGCCAUAGACCUGAGUAUGAGGGAUUCGACCGAACGCUUCGGGACGAGGUUCCUGAGCUUCAACGAGAGCAUCAACGAAAAGCUCCAAUUCGUUCCGGAGGAUGAAGCAGAGACGAUGGAAAUGCUCAAGAAGGACCUGCCUCUGCAGUACACGUGGAGUGUGUGGGAGCAGGUAACUUCAGAUGGGAAGAUCGACGCAAAUUACUCGCAGAGGACGCAGAAGGUGGCAAGCUUCGGCACAGUCCAGGAUUUCUGGAGGCUGUGGAACCACGUGCCCCAGCCCAGCACGCUGCUUGAAUCCAAGCGGAUUGUGCGGGAGCAGCAUGACGGUCUGCACGUGAUCGACGCGCUCAUGAUUUUCCGGGACAAUAUCCGUCCCGAGUGGGAAGAUCCAAUGAAUGCCAAAGGUGGCCACUUUCAGUUCCAGCUCAAACCCUCAGCUGGUCCCGGCCAGAUCGACGAGUACUGGAACAACCUGGUGCUUGGCAUCAUCGGGGCCACUAUUGAGCCUCCUAACAUGAUCACAGGAGUUCGGCUCGUGGACAAACUCUCCGGGCCUCGGGCGGCUGGCGUUCUCCGCAUCGAGGUGUGGUUCACAGAGUCCGAUGACAAAGAUGCGGUUGGAGCGCUAAGGAAAAAUGUGGAGACUUGUAUGGCACAAAAAUUGGAUGGAGGGAAGGGCGCGGUGCGCAACACUACCACCGCCACCGGCCAACCCGUGUUCUGGCAGAAUUGCGCUGCCCGUGGCCUCUGCGAUAAGCGCUACGAGUUCAGGGACCUCCGCAUCCACGAUAGCCCAGAAGGUUCCCCCAAGGGCCAUUUCAAGCCAUUGGGGCAUGCGGACUUCCUGGAAUCCUGGGCCGGGGAGGUCGACGUCUUCACCGAGCCGCCCUCACCUGAGACUUUCUGGACGAAGUACCACAAGCAGCGAAGGCCUUUCCUUCUGAAAGGCGCUGGCAUCCAGUCUCCGGCCAUCAACUGGACAGAUCAGUACAUCAUGGACAAUUUCGGCAGUGAGGUUGCCAAGGUGGAAUGGCGGAACGAGGAUCGCCUCACUGACUACUGCGGGCAGAACAUCAGGGGAGACCUCAUCCACUGCCCUAAAGACACGAUCCCGUAUGUGGAGUCCCGCACAAGCAUCCGGAACUUUAUCCGCCGGAGUCGCGAAGAUCCCAGCUGGGCCAAGUACAUCAUCUCGCAGAUGCCCGAUUCAAUGGGCAAGGAGUGGAAAGUCCCAGGCUUCAUCAACUGCGGCAAGAGACCGCCAGGUGGACAUGUCAAGGGCAAGCCGUGGAUGACGCAGUUGUAUGAGAACAACUUCUGGUACCUGCGGGUGCCGCCUGAAAUGAUGGGAACCUCCACUAUCCACUAUGACAUGAACCACCAGAUCAUGUGCGUCUUUGCUGGAAAGAAGGAGUGGAUCAUGUGGGACCUGCAGACAGAAUCCAAGAAGAUUCCGAUGUGGAAUGACUACUACCGACCGCCAUCCAAAGGAAGGCCGGACGGCUCGGAUGACUCGCCCAUCGAUGGCGAGCGUGUGGACUUGAAGCGCUGGCCCGAGUUUGCGAAAGCCAGGUGGAGCAACACCACCAUUGAGAAAGGUGACUGCCUCUACACCCCGGCACACCUGCUGCACUACGUGCGCUCCUGGAGCGACGACGCAGAUGACAAUCGGAACAUCGCGCUGAUGACGAUGUUCCAAACAGAAGAGGUCUUUGACCCCAGCUACUGCUCAGAUCCUCCCUCCUACGUUGGCUUGAGUGAGUACGACGUGAUGUGGGGGGAGUUCCCAGGUAGCGAAGCGGUUCCACGGUGCAUGAACCACAUCAAGAUGGGCUAUCCCAAUUGGAAACUCGGCUGGCAAUUGGGGAGGCCUCCGAGUAUGAUGGAGCUGCCUUCGGGUCUGGGGUUUAGGGUUUGGGGUUUAGGGUUUAGGGUUAGGGUUGUAAGGACCUUUGUAGUUAGAAUGGGGUUUUGGGAGUUAUUAUAA